AUGGUGAAGAAGCAACCAUUGAGCUCGCUCUUCUACCCCGUCAACUCGGCCAACAAAGACACUCCGCCGUCGUCGCCUCCCACUCCGACGGCCACCCCACAGGCAUGGAUGUGGCCUUCCUGCAAGAACCCAACGGCUCAUUCCUUCCGGUCCCCGUCCGCUUCUGCGGCGGCAGCGGUGGCAGCCAAGAACGCCGCAUCCCUUUUCGUCGACUCCGCCGAGUCCUCCUCCUUCACCAACUACUCCGCGCGCAUGCACCACGACUGUGCCGCCUCCGACAGCCUCUCCACGGAGUCCGAAGCCUCCGGCGCCGCGGCCGAGGACAUGGCCGACGCCAUAGUCCGCGGUCUCCGGUCCGACCGCCUCCGCUUCGAGCCCCGCGCGCCCUCUAGCUCCAUCCUCGAGAAGAAGCCGCCACCGGCGCCCGCGCACGGCCAUGAGGCUGCGGGGGCGAUGUCAUUCGGCGGCGGCGUCGCGGUGGCAUUCAAGUCCGCGGACCCGUACCGGGACUUCCGGUCGUCGAUGGAGGAGAUGAUGACGGCGCACGGCGCGGGCGACUGGGACUGGCUGGAGAAGAUGCUGGGGUGGUACCUCCGCGCCAACGGCAAAGGCACCCACGCCGCCAUCGUCAGUGCGUUCGUCGACCUGGUCGUCACCACGACAGCCGGCUGCUCCUCCGGCCACUCCUCCUUCACGCUCGCCGGGAGCGACCUGGAGAGCAGUAGCGCCGGCCGCAAUGGAUCUUUCCGCCUGAGGUGA